CCCCACCCCACCAAAACCCCGCGCCCUCCAUAUCUGCUUCAAACGCGGCGAGAGAGAUUGGCGAACGCGGGGCAAGAACACGGCCGACGGCUCAGCCCCAAUCCAACCACCGCGCGCCUCGGCUCCCCUCCCCGCCCCUCUCCACCCCACUCGCAUCCCGGCGCGUGUGCAGCGAGGGGGCGACCGGUCUCCGCCUCCGCCGUCGCCGCCGACUCCCCCACGUCUGCACAGCAAGAAGACACUGGCCUCCACUGCACCUGGUGCCCUCUGUUGCUGUCACUAUCACUAUCUAAUGCACGGAUCAUGAUGAAGACAAACCAUAUAAUUUGCUGUUAAAAUACUCCACAAGAUUGCUGUCUUUUCCUCAGCUGAUCACAAUGGAAUGCAACAGGGAAGAAGCUUCAAGAGCUAAGGAUCUAGCUGUGAUAAAGCUGCAAGAAGCAGACUAUGCUGGGGCCAAAAGGAUUGCCCUCAAGGCUCAAAAGCUCUUUCCUGGCCUUGAAAAUAUUUCUCAGCUGCUAACUGUUUGUGAAGUCCACUGCUGUGCUGCUGUUAAGAUCAACGGGGAGACGGACUGGUAUGGUAUUCUUCAAGUAGAAACAACUGCAGAUGACGUGUUACUCAAGAAACAGUACCGCAAACUUGCUCUCUUACUCCAUCCAGAUAAGAACAAGUUUGUGGGUGCGGAAGCUGCUUUUAAGCUAAUUGGAGAAGCUCACAUGAUACUGACAGAUCAAGUAAAACGUUCAUCUCAUGAUUUCAAAAGGAAGCAAGUUAUUGCAACAUCUGUCCCUGUACCGAAGAAGCGUGGACGGUCAUCAAAGAAAACUGAUCAUGUUGCUAAGAGGGCCAAUAAGGAGAACACUGAUGCUGGAUAUUCAACUUUCUGGACCGUUUGCUUGGCUUGUGGUACAAAAUACCACUAUCCAUGUAAUUUGUUGAUGAGACUUCUCCGCUGCCAGAUCUGUUCAAAGAGUUUCCUUGCUUAUGAUUUGUAUAAGAAACCUUCUGUCGGAGUGGAAGCAUCAAAUCCAUGGAGUGGAAUUUGGAUGCAACAACAAAUGUUCCCUCCAAGUCAAAAAACCCACGUCAGCAACCGACAACACAACUAUCAGAGUGUCCCUGGUCAGCAAAAUCCUGUCAAUGGUCAUCAAACUCCUGUCUCUAACCAGCAACAGCAACCUCAGAAUGUAUCUGAUAAGCAAACUCCUGACAUUAACCAGCAACAGCGACCACAGAAAUUCCCUUUCAGUUCAGGGCCAAAGAAUGUAGAUUCUCAUCCAUGUCCAAGUCAGCAAGCAAAUGUUACUAACCAAAAACUCUACAAUCAGAGGGCCCCUGGUCAGCAAAAUCCUGACAAUGGCUCUCAGGCUCCUGUCACUGACAAUCACCAGCAAUCUCUGAAAGUUGCGGGCAAGCAAAGUCCUAUCAUUAACCAGCAACAACAAUCUCAGAAAUCUCCUUUCAAUUCAGGAUCAAAGAAUGUAGUGAAUUCUCAGGGUGCAGCCUGUCCCAACAGUUAUGCAACUGGAAGCACUAAUCUUACAGCUGAAGCUGUAGCUUGUAAUAGCACAACGGUUACAAGGCCAUCAUUGAAUGAUCAAAAUGUUGAAGAUAGAACUAAACCACCUGUUGUGAAUUCUGAUAAAGUUCCUCUAGCAAACGAGCAAAUGAGGGCAAAGGAGGUAGCUACAGGAUCCAGUUAUCAUGUUGCUGUAAAUGGUAGACGAGUUGCUAAUGAAUGUGUUCUUACUGCUGCAACUGCAAGUGCAGAUAAAACAUCUGGGCAGAAUCCUUCUAUAUCAAGGCAGCAAGGAGACACUGUCAUCAGUGAAGAUCAAUCUGAUGGAAGUAGAAAAGGCAGCGAUUCUCCUGCAAAGAAAAGGAUAAGAAUAGAAAACUCUUCCUGUACAGCUGGCAAAAGUGAUCAUAUAGCAGAAAAUGAAGGUGCUAAAGUGAGCAGCGAACACAAACUUAGUACUCCAAGCAAAGAGAAGAUCACAAAUGAAAAUGGAGAAGUGAUCAAUGGGAAUCAAGAUGCAUUGCAAGGAACAGGAAUAAAACAGGAAACUCCUAGUUCUGGAAGUGGAAGUGCUGCUGCUGCCAGAUCUGUGAACAAUAGUAUUCCUGACAAUAUUACAGUUUCAUGUCCAGAUUCAGACUUCUAUGACUUUGAGAAAAACAGGGAUGCAGAUCGAUUCGCAGUUGAUCAGAUAUGGGCAAUUUAUGAUGAUCAUGAUGGCAUGCCAAGAUACUAUGCUCGAAUUAAGCAGGUUUACUCUCCAAACUUCAUGUUGCGGUUCACAUGGCUAGAGCAUGAUCCUUUGUAUGAUGCUGAGAAGGCAUGGUCUUCUAAGGAGCUGCCUGUUGCUUGUGGAAGUUUCAGAGUUGGAAAAACACUCUUAACUGAAGAUACUAAGAUGUUUUCUCAUGUUAUUUCUUGGACAAAAGGAAGGAAGAGGAACAGCUAUCAGAUUUAUCCAAAGAAAGGUGAAGUUUGGGCAGUUUUCAGGGGAUGGGACAUCAACUGGAGUUCAGAUUCCAACGAUCAUAGGCCUUAUGAUUAUGAUGUUGUAGAAAUCACCUCAGACUUUGCUACGGGUUCAGGCACUUAUGUGAUUCCCUUGGUAAAGAUUAAAGGUUUUGUCAGCUUAUUUGUUCGAUCAAGCAAUGAAGCACCAUUUCUGAUACCUGGUGGUGACAUGCUCAGGUUCUCCCACAGCAUCCCUUUUCACAGGUUGGCACAAACUGACAGGCAACAUAUCCCAAAUGGUGCUCUUGAACUGGAUACUGCAUCACUACCUACUGAUCUGGAGAAAGCGUUUACUCCUGUAAACCUUGACAGCUGGGAGAUGCCAGUUGGGAAUACUGAACAGAGUCAGGAUGGUACAGGUACAAAUGUACAGAAUGAAGUUGAGAAACUAAAUCAGAAUACAAAGAGUGCACAAGAUAAUGGCUCAGAAGCUUCAGUCAUUGAUGAUCAUGGUGGUGAUGGAUGGAAUGAUAGCUCUCAACCAGAAUCUCCAACUAGUUUUGAUUACCCUGAUCCAGAGUUUUGCAACUUCACUAGUUUGAGAUCAUUUGACAAAUUCAAGAAAGGUCAGGUUUGGGCACUGUAUUCUGAUACUGACAAGUUCCCGAAGUACUAUGGUUUCAUAAAGGGCGUCGAUCCAGAUGAUCACACAAUCCACAUAAAAUGGCUUGAGCACUGUCCAUGUGCUCAAAUGGAAAAGUGUUUAGUGCAAGACGGUUUGCCUAUUGGCUGUGGAGCAUUCCGGGUCAGCAGGCAAAGUGACAUCUAUGAUUGUACAAGUGUCUUCUCCCACAAUAUGGAAGUGACGCUGAUGCGUAAAGGAAAAAAGUAUGAAAUUCUUCCACGUGUUGGCCAGGUAUGGGCUAUAUACAAGAACUGGAGCCAUGCAUGGAAUUUUGAAGAUUACUGCAGAUGUGAAUACUUUCUGGCUGAGGUCCUGGAGAUUUCUAAUGGUAAUGUAACAGUGUCAUGGCUUACUAAAGUGGAGGGCUUUAUCGCAGUAUUCAAGCCAGAGCAAACAGCUGAAUCCAGGAGUGCCAUGAGAGUAGCAAAGAGUGACAUGAUGAUGUUCUCUCAUCAGAUUCCUGCCUUCCGCUUGACAAAUGAGAACCUUUGUGGUUGCUGGGAACUUGAUCCUGCAUCAGUACCUGAAGUUUUACUGGUCGGAAAAAACAUGUGAAAUAAUGACAAGAUUGCUCCUAAGAUAAGUUAAUAUCCUAAGAUACGUUAAUAGGGAAAGUUUAGCCUGUGAAAAGUACAGCUUGCUGUUGACAAAGAUGCAGUGCUGGAUUUUGUAUUUUGGUUGUUAGUUGUAGCUUGUGCCGAGUAGACAGGUUAAUUCAUUAGUUUGCUACCUGAUGGCUGAUGCCAAAUGUUUAAGUCUUGCAGGAUCUCGCUUAGGUUUCAUCUCACCAUUCCAUCUUUGUUGUGUGCAUUGUAAAUGUUUUGUUGGCUACAUAGUUGAUCGCAGCUCCAGUUGUAUGCACCUUUCUAGUGGGAAUGCUUGCAUACAAUUUGGAGACUUUGGCAGCAUCAGCAUAUAUUUAUUAAUCCUCCAUAUUUGAAAACUAGUUGCUGCUUGUCCAA